AUGCGUCAUAGAAGUCAAGCCACCGCAUCUGUAUUUGUCCACAAACAACUUGAUGAUUCAAUGCCUAUAACAAUUUUUGACCUUCCACAAAGAUUAAAGGACUUGCUUGAUGACAAACUAGCAGAUCAACUAAUGUGCUUUAGCUCGUCAAUUCAUGGAACUAAACCAUUCUGGAAUCAACGUAGAAGGGAACUUAUAGACAUGGUCAUCCAAAUUGGUUGUCCAAUGCUAUUUUUCACACUCAGUGAUGCUGAUACAAAAUGGCCAGACUUGCAUAAUAUCAUGCCAACCACCACACCUACAAAUCCAUAUGCAACUGCUAGGUGGAGAUUACAAAAUAUAGUUCAAAAUCCACACCUUACUGCAAUGUACAUGCAUCACAGAUUUACUGCAUUUCAUGAAGAAGUGUUGGAAAAACUUCUUGGUGCAAAUGACUAUUGGUAUAGAGGCUCUGCACAUAUCCAUGGUUUCAUUUGGCUACCAAAAGUGCCUGACAUUGGCAAAUUACAAUGGAAUGACAUUCAGUCAGUACAAAAUGCACUUGCAUACAUUGAUACAUAUGUCUCCGUGUGGAACCCACGAAGUCAUGAAUUGAGAAAUCAAGUGUUCCACCGAUCCAUUGUUGACGACCCUUGCUUGAUGGACACAAGCAUGAUAGUAUCAAGUGAUCCUUCCAUUGACUAUUGUGAAUUGGCCAAUUAUGUUCAAAGACAUACAAAAUGUACUAUCCAAACAUGCCUUCACAAGAAGGGGACAUCUCUUCAAUGCUGUUAUAAAGCCCCUUGGAACAUUACAGAAAAAUCGUCUCUUUCUAAUGAUGAUAAUGGCCAACCUAAGCACACCCCUGCUUGCAAUGAUGACCGCCUAAAUCUUCACAACCCAUUUAUACUCUCAAUAUGGAGGGCCAAUGUAGAUUGCCAACCUGUUCUCUCAAUUGAUGUUGUGAUCAAAUAUAUUGCAAAAUAUGCUACUAAAGCUGAAAACAAAUCAGAAACAUACCAUGCAAUGUUAUCUCAAAUAUCAACCAACUUUGAGUUUGAUAAACCAGCUCCUAAUGCUUUUCGCAAAAUGCUUCUUGACAACCUUGUGGAUCGUGAUAUAAGUGCCCAAGAAAGUUGCCACCUUCUACUAAAGCUACCACUCUCCCUUUAUAGUCAAACAUUUUUUUCUUUAAAUGUGAACCAAGAAAAAUUCCAACGUGUACCAAUCACAUCCACAGAAAGAACCACAUAUCCAAACUAUAUUGCAUCUUACAUGGCAAGACCAAUACAUUUAGAGAGAAUGUCUCUUAUCGAAGUAACUCAAAAAUGGUUCUUCAACGCAUCAAGAAAGUGUGAUCAAUGGAAAGAGCGAGCCACACCAAUCAUAGUUCGAGUGUCUCCACGAUUCAGAACCAUCCCUACAAAGGAAGAAAAAUGUUUUCAAGAAUUUUGUUGGACUGAACUAUUAUUGUACCACCCAUUCCGCAACAUUCAAAUGGAUUUCGACUCAACAGAUGAUGAAAAUCAAGCACUAUGGGAAAGGUUCUCUCACAAGUACAAGCCAUGGCAUGUACGUUGA